UGGAUGAGACAGGGUAAUCCUGCCUAUAAAUUGGAAGCUCUGAGCAUUAGGCCUUUCUUCAUCCAUGCUCUUCUUGAUGGGUUCACUAGAUUUGUUCUUGAAGAUGGAUGCUGUUGAGGGGUCCAAUAGAGCCAAGUAUGAGUGCCUGCUCUUUGAUAUGGAUGAUACCUUGUACCCCAUGAGCUCAGGCCUGAACUUGGCUUGCCGCAAGAACAUAGAAGACUACAUGUUGCAACACUUGAAUAUAGAAGAAAGUGAAGUGCCAAGGAUGUGCUUGGAACUAUACAGGGAGUAUGGGACAACAAUGGCUGGUUUAAAGGCUCUUGGUUAUGAAUUCGAUGAUGAUGAGUUUCAUGCCUAUGUUCAUGGAAGAUUACCCUAUGAGUCACUAAAGCCGGAUCCAGUGUUAAGGAACCUUCUGCUCUCAAUGCCACAGCGUAAAAUAAUUUUCACUAAUGCAGACAGAGAGCAUGCGGCUCAAGUUCUCUACAGGUUGGGCUUGGAAGGUUGUUUUGAAGGUGUCAUAUGCUUUGAAACUCUUAAUCCUCCUCCUGAACCAACUGAAUACAAUGAGGAGCUGGAGGGAAAUGGAGUCUGCAAGGAAGGUGCAAGUGAGCCAGAAGAAAAUGCAGCUGAUAUGGCUGAAAGUAACAGUUUCCGCCCCAGAUCGCCAAUUCUCUGUAAACCAUCUGUGGAGGCCAUUGAAGCUGCUAUACGGAUUGCAAAUGUUGAUCCUAAGAAAACAAUAUUCUUUGAUGACAGUGCUCGAAAUAUCGCAAGCGGGAAAGCAGCUGGGCUUCAUACAGUUAUAGUGGGGAGCUCGGUGCUUGUGCCUGGUGCAGACCAUGCCUUGGGCAGCAUCCACAAUAUCAAAGAAGCCCUACCUGAAAUAUGGGAAGGUGAAGAAGGAGAGCAGUUGGAGCAAGUUAUUCAAUCCACUGCAGUUGAAACUGUAGUCCUUGCAUAGGUACCCCACUAGUCUCAAAUAUAUGAUAUAUCUAUGUAAACUUCACCUGCAGAAUACUUCCUAGUUUUGCAGCGAGUAUCUUUAUGUAAGGUGAAAUGAAGUAAAUCUAGAAUCUUUAUGUAAUACUCCAUCAGCAUGUUUACUAAAA